GCCCGCUCACAUCGCCAAGCGCAGAGCUUUCCCAGUCAGAAGGUCUAGGAGUGAGGGCAGGGGAGAAGAGCAGUAUUUGGGAGAGGAGGCAUAGAGGGGUUGAGAAUGGAGUGAUAAGACCAAGAGUUCAAUGGCUUCCACUUCCCGCCGCCAACGCCGAGAGCAUCGUUUCCGCCGUUACUUGUCUUCAGGUCGGCUAGUUCGGGCCCAGGCCCUCUUCCAACGACACCCAGGCCUUGAUGUAGAUGCCGGGCAACCCCCUACACUGCACCGUGCCUGUGCGCGCCACGAUGCUCCGGCCUUGUGCCUGCUUCUUCGGCUCGGAGCUGACCCUGCCCACCAGGACCGCCAUGGGGACACAGCGCUGCACGCUGCUGCCCGCCAGGGCCCUGAUGCCUACACGGACUUCUUCCUACCACUGCUGAGUCGCUGUCCUUCUGCUAUGGGAAUAAAGAAUAAGGAUGGGGAGACCCCUGGGCAAAUUCUGGGCUGGGGACCCCCCCGGGAUUCCACUGAAGAGGAGGAAGAAGAUGAGGCCUUCAGGGAGCGUGAAUGGAGGCAGAAGCUUCAGGGAGAGCUAGAGGACGAAUGGCAGGAGGUCAUUGGGAGGUUUGAAGAUGACGCUUCGCUUGAGGCCCAGGAACCAGAGUCCUUCUCAGCCUGGUCAGAUCGCCUGGCCUGGGAACAUGCCCAGAAGCAGCAGCAGCAGCAGCAGCAGCAGCGUGAAGCAAAGGGAACCUGCCGACCCCCACGGGCUGAGGGCUCCAGUCACAGCUGGUGGCAACAGGAGGAGCAGCGGAUCUUCCGAGAGCGAGCCAGGGCCAAGGCGGAAGAUCUGUGUGAGAGCCGGGCCAGGAGGGAGCAGGAUGCUCACCGGGACCAAGGGCUGAAGCCAGCCAGGGCUGGGUCUGGGGUAGAGCACCCCAGCGGAGGAGGGAGAGGCAGCCUCUGGCGCUUUGGAGAUGUCCCUUGGCCCUGCCCUGGGGGAGGGGACCCAGAGGCCAUGGCUGCAGCCUUGAUGGCCAGGGGGCCCCCCUUGGAGGAGCAGGGAGCUCUGAGGAGAUACUUGAGGAUCCAGCAGGUUCGCUGGCACCCUGACCGAUUCCUACAGCGAUUCCGAAGCCAGAUUGAGACUUGGGAGCUGGGCCGUGUGAUGGGAGCUGUGACAGCCCUUUCUCAGGCCCUGAAUCGGCACGCGGAGGCCUUUUUUGAAAGAGUGAAAAACUGCAGGGAUUGCAGCCUUAGGGCCAGGGCAGUAGAAAGGGGCUUUCCCUUUGCUGAGUCACUGAAUGGUCCGAUUUGGGGGCAGCUGGAGCUGGAGGACCAUAGGAGGCUGUGA